AAGAAAAUAAAGUGACGCGGAGUUAGGUUAGGUAAGCUGCACCUUGAAAAACAUCCAAUGAACUUUUCUAUUUAUUUAUUUUACUAAUUACUAUUAUGUGCCAGGACUCAUACUAACAAAAUACAAUUACUUGGUGGACCAUCAUAUGUGAGGGUAGAAAUUAAGCAGGUAAACUGGAGUAAUGAGUGAGAGGUGGUACAACAACAUUCUGGGACUCAUAGGAAGGUUAGAGUUAAGACAAAGGAGUUUGAAGCCAAGAGAAAGAAACCUUGAGUUAAGGGGAAGGCGCUUUGAGUUAAGAAGGAGCUUCACGAUAAAAGGAAAGAGCCUUAAGUUGAGAUGAAGGACCUUGAGGUUAACCAGGAAAGUUUGGGGUUUUAAGAAAACAGCUUGAAGGUAAGAGAAAAGUUUCAUGUUGAGAGGAAGAAGUUCGGCGCUAAGACUCGAAAGUGUGACCAAACAACUACCCACUGAAGAAAUGCACCUUUCGAAUAAAAAUACACAGCUCCCUUGCAGAAACGAGGUGCUUGAUUUUUUUUCCUCUUAUUUGGUCGUUAAUGAAGAUGAAAAAAAGAAAAAAAACAUAACUUAAGAUAUCACUCGGCUAAGAAAUUAACAAUACGGAAACCUCCAUUACGAAACAAAAGCUCUGGAGGGAUAACGAUCAAAAUAGGCGGACAGAUAACGAAUAAACUCGAGGUGGUGACGACGGUGCGGGGAUUAGGCUUAGGGCGAGGAGGAGGGGCAAUAUAAACCCCUGCAGGAGAGACGAGAGACACAGUGAGCCGCCGCCAUGAAGCUGCUCGUCUUGUGCUCGUUGGUUGUCGCCGCUGCAGCCUGGCCCAGCCUCAGCGACUUCCAGGGUGACCAGCCCGGUAAGACCCAGUCCCUCGUGACGGUCGCUAAGAAGCAGCAGGAUGUCAAUCGCCUGCUGCACAGGAUCUAUGAUGACGUGACUUACCCCGAGUUGAAUGCCGCUGCUGACACCUUUGAGGCCACACUGGAUGUCACUAGGUACAAGGAUGGAGGCGUAGCUAUUCUGAGGCUGCUGAAAGAGCUGCACGAUCACCGCCUGGCCAGCAGGCACCGCGUGUUCUCUCUGUUCAACGCUCGCCAGCGAGAGGAAGCUCUGAUGCUGUUUGAGGUCUUCAUGCAAUGCCAGACCUGGGAAGAAUUCUCAAGAAGUGCCGCCUUCUUCCGCAAACACAUGAACGAAGGAGAGUUUGUCUACGCUCUUUAUGUCACCAUCAUCCACUCGCCGCUCGGCAAAGGCAUUGUCCUGCCUCCUCUCUAUGAAGUUACGCCCCAUCUCUUCACGAACAGUGAAAUCAUCAACAAAGCCUAUGCUGCCCAGAUGACCAACACUCCAGGGUCGUUCAGAAUGAACUUCACCGGAUCAAGGAGGAACCCGGAGCAACAAGUCGCUUACUUUGGAGAAGACAUUGGCAUGAACGUCCACCACGUCACGUGGCACAUGGACUUCCCAUUCUGGUGGACAGAUUCCUAUGGCCAUCACAUUGAUAGGAAGGGCGAACUCUUUUUCUGGGUGCACCACCAACUCUCUGCUCGCUACAACAGUGAGAGACUCUCUAACUGGCUGGACGUUGUGGAUGAACUCAGCUGGGAGAAUGUCAUCAGGGACGGGUUUGCGCCCCAUACAAGUUACAAGUUCGGCGGAGAGUUCCCUGCAAGACCUGAUAACAUUCGCUUCACCGAUGUGAGAGGCGUGGCGCGAGUGAGGGACAUGGUAAUCACUGAGUACCGCAUACGUGAUGCCAUCGCCCGCGGCUACAUCGUCAAUCCAAACGGCGAAACUAUUGAUAUUAGUAAUGAUCACGGCAUCGAUAUCCUGGGAGACGUUAUUGAGUCAUCCACGUACAGCCCCAACGUGAAUUACUACGGCUCCCUGCACAACACGGCCCACAUCAUGCUUGGCCGCCAGGGUGAUCCCCAGGGUAAGUUCAACAUGCCUCCCGGUGUCAUGGAACACUUUGAAACCGCUACCCGUGAUCCCAGCUUCUUCAGGCUCCACAAGUACAUGGAUAACAUAUUCAAGGAGCACAAGGACUCCUUCGAUCCCUACAGUAAAGACGACCUUGCAUUCCCCGGAGUAAGUAUUGAAUCUAUCAACAUCGAUGGAGAACUCAGAACUUACUUCGAAGAGUUUGAGUUCGAUCUCGAAAACGCUGCAGAUCACUCAGAAUUCUCCGAUGUGGAAAUUUCUGCCCGUGUUCCUCGUCUUAACCAUAAGGAGUUCGCCUACAACUUUGGAAUCAACAACAACAACGACGAUGAGGUCGAGGCUGCCAUUCGCGUAUACCUAUGCCCUGUGAGAGACGCCCAUGGUGUCGAGUUCACCUGGGACCAGGGUCGCUGGCACUGCAUUGAAAUGGAUAAAUUCUGGAGGAAAUUGAGCAGUGGAGCUAACAUGGUGGUUCGGAAGUCCUCUGAAUCCUCAGUAACUCGCCCCGAUUCCAUGAGCUUCAAGGUCCUCCGGCAAAAGGCGGACGAAGCUGUGACUGGAGGUUACGACCUGAAUCUGGAGAAGUAUGUGGAAGCAUGUGGUAUUCCCGAUAGGAUGCUCCUGCCUAAGGGCAAGACUAACGGCAUGGACUUUGCCCUUAUGGUCUUCGUUACCCCUGACGCGCACAUUGAUGAGAGUGAGGUGAACGGAAACCAUGCCCAUUGUGGCAGACAUGGACAGCCCUACCCCGACACAAGGCCCAUGGGCUACCCGCUCGACCGCCGCAUCCCCGACAAGCGAGUCUUCCUGGAGACUCCCAGCACAAAAUUCAUCAACGUCAAGAUCUUCCACGGCGAAAACUAAACUUUGGCUGCUGUCAUGUCAAUGACGAGAACGCGGAAAACAUCUUAACAACCACGAGUGCUCUGUUGGCUGCUUCACAACACCCGGGGCGCCCCGAUGGUAAAGCUCAGAGCAGCACAAGACCAAAAUAUUUACAAUAGAAUACAUCCUACAGGCUUGAAUUUUAAACCAUCUUGUACUGUUUUGGAUUAAUUCAAUAGUUCUCACUUGAUUAAUAACAACUUGAAGCUGCA